AUGGCCAUUUUGGUAUUUGGUAAACAAUCAAUUUCAUGAUAAUUAUUAAUCUAAAAAAUAAUGGAAUAUUGUAUGAUAUCGAUGCCACUAUACUUCAGUGUUGUUUUUUUGCUACUAUUAAGCUUUAAUAGCGGAAAUAAUGCAAAAAGUUCAUCUUGCGAAGUCACUAGAGAGGAAAAUACAAUCGUGGAUAUUAAGAAGUCAAGAGCAACGAGCAACACAACAAGAGCUGUUAAAGGACUCAAUUUAACCGACGAAAUUUUAUGCAGGGASGAAUGCUGUAGUAAUACUGAAUGUACAGUAUAUGUGUACUAUAACAGCAAGCAAAGGCAGUUCAAUUGUUUUCUGAUAAAAUGCGAACCAGUAAACAAAUGUGUUCGAAGCACUUUGCAAGGCUCUGUAGUUGGGACGCUGAAGAGAAACACUUUAGCAGGUAAUGCAAUUCAGCCAUCCCAAAUGACAAGUUUCAAGUCAAAGCAUGGUGUAACACUUGAAACCAGUAUUACCCAGACACCUAUUGAUACCAGCCCAACUUCCAUGGAACAGCCUGCCCAGAGAGGUAUCACUCAUAGUCCAAUCAAUAUGUCAAUACCAGGCACUUCACCAUCUGUGUUAUCUUCUGUAGCUACAUCAGCUCAAACACCAACUGCUUCAACUCAUGUUAUCCACACUUCACAUGCAAAUACUUCAACCCACAAACAAAGCACAACGAAAAGCUCUUCAGCACAACACAACCACACCAACAAGACAUCUCUGGUUAUUGCACUGUUUUUUGGGCUGUUGUUCCUGGUAGCUGUGAUUGUAAUAGUGGGACGGCCAUGGUGGGAGUUUGUUCAACGACCAAGAUAUUCUAAGGUUGAUUAUCUUAUGAAUGGGCUUUAAGAUAACCAUUUAGAAGUCCAAAAUGAUUAUUAYAAGUUCUAUUUAAGAGGAGACAUGAUUCAUUUUAAUUUUAAAAUGUUUCCCAGGAUGUCCUAGUUUUAUAUACCCUGGGUUUAAGGGGCUGGAUUUCUCUGUGUUUGARUUUAUUUACAGCAUGAAGCACUGUUUUUGAGGGCAAAAGGCAGAUUACAGUUCACGCUGUAGAUAACUAGAAAACAAAGAGUAAAUCCAACCUCUGGAACCCAGGGUAAGUUUUAUAACCAUUAUUCUUGAAUACUGUUGGAAAUUUAUUUUUCUUCAGACUUCGUUAGAGAAUUAAGUAUUAGUAUUGGCAGCAUUUCAAAAGAAAAUGGACAAAAUAUAGGUGAUUGUAAAAUAUUGUCAUUUUAAGUUCAGAAUAUCUGAGCACGAAUCCACUAAUUCUUAUAACUAAUAAAAUCGUGUCUAUAUAAAACCCAAUGGUAUGUAGAAAUUUAUUUAAAAAUUCCUCAGGAUUUUGAUUUAAAGUUGUACAUUAUACAGUCUUGUUACAAUUUUUAUAAAAUGUAAGCCUGCAUUCAUUUUUAAAGAUCAUUCUGAAGUUAUGAAUGUUUUUAAUUUAAUGUUUAAAGACCAUUACUGAGGACCUGACAGGACUUCAAAAUCCACCCAAUUAAUUCCACUCUGAAGCAGAAGAAGCCACAGCUUUUUAUAAGCAAUAGCAUGGCUCUUAGGGAGAUUAGGGAUUAGAUGUCCCUGAAGCCAAGGGCAGAUAAGUUGAUAAAACUUGACUUUUAAAUUUAAUCUCAGUCUGAUCUCCUGCUGAAGCCAUGCUAUUACUUAUAAAAAGCCCAGGGCGGGGGGACCCCUAAUAAAAAAGGGCGGGGGUCCUCCUCGUCCCUUUUAGGGUUUGAAAUCAGUGUUUUUGGUCCCGCUUAGGCUGAUAAUGACGGGAAUUCCCACUACCUGAGUUUUGUGGUACCUUUUAAGGUAUACAACGACCCUAAAGCCAUCAUUAUAAGAUCAACAACAGCCACAACUGCUAAUUAGAUGACUGAUCUCAAUACGAUCCGAUGGUGUUUGAUUCUUGUGCAAAAACACAAAUAAAAUCGGGAAACAAAAUGA